AUGGCUGAGGCACAUGAAGCCGUCGCAUUUUCAUUCACAGUCGGCCCAGAAGGAUUUAAUGUUGAUGUAAGUUAUGAUGUAUUCAAAGCACUUAUCUAUUCUGGUGCACGUUCAUGGAGACUUCGCUGUCGUCGUACAUUAAAUUCUUUAUAUAAUUCAUUAUAUCCUGGUCAUCCACUUCGUGGUAUUGCCUGUUGUGGUAUUGUAUCAGCUUUAUAUUUCAAUGGUCAUGAUCCAUCAUUUAAUAUUAUUGAUUGGCUUAAUUCACAUGUAUUUCAACGAUAUUUAGCACCUAAAAAUGCAAAAAUUGUUGCUUGUAUUACAUUUGGUGCUGGUGUAUAUAUUGUUCUUAUACAAGUACGACAAUAUACAUUAAAGAAAUUAUUUUCAUAUCAUGGUUGGAUGUAUCAAGAACAUGGAAAACAAGUGAGUCUGAUGCCAAAAAUUUGGGCAGGCUUAGUUAGAUUAUGUGUUGGUCGUAAUCCAUCAUUAUAUUCUUGUCAAAAUCUUUUACCAACAUUACCAGUACCAAAUUUAGAUGAUACAUUACAACGAUAUUUAAGAUCAGUUCGACCAUUAUAUGAUGAUGAAGAAUAUUCUCGUAUGGAAAAACUUGCUGAAGAAUUUAAACAUACAAUUGGACGUAGAUUACAAAGAUAUUUAUGGCUUAAAUGGCUUAUUUCAUCGAAUUAUGUUUCGGAUUGGUGGGAAAAAUUUGUUUAUUUACGUGGUCGAUCACCAAUUAUGGUUAAUAGUAAUUUCUAUGGUCUUGAUGAAAUUUGUAUUCGUCCAACAACAAUUCAAGCAGCACGAGCAGCCAAUAUAACAUGUUCAGCAUUUCGAUAUCGUUCAGAACUUGAAGUUCAAAAUGUGAAACCUGUAAUGGUACAAAAAGUAAUACCAUUAUGUUCAAGUCAAUAUGAACGACAAUUUAAUACAGUACGCAUACCUGGCAAAGAUGCAGACAAAAUUAUUCAUUAUCCUGACAGUCAUCAUAUAGCUGUUUAUCAUAAAGGUCGUUGGUAUAAAGUAUUUAUGUAUUAUCAAAAUAAUUUACUUCAACCAUGUGAACUUCAAUUACAAUUAGAUGAAAUUAUUCGGGAUACAACUCCACCAGCAUAUGGUGAAGAACAUUUAGCUGCAUUAACAGCUGGUGAACGAACACUAUGGGCUGAAGCACGCGAAACAUAUUUUCGUAGUGGUGUUAAUCGUUCUUCAUUAGAAGCAAUCGAAAAGGCAGCAUUCAUACUCGUUUUGGAUGAUGAAGAAUUUGAAAUAGGAACAUGUAUGACAGGAAAAUUUGAUGAGUAUGCACAUGCAAUUCUUCAUGGUAAAGGUUAUGAUCGAUGGUUUGAUAAAUCAUUUAAUUUUAUUAUUAGCAAAAAUGCUGUUUUCGGUUUUAAUGUUGAACAUAGUUGGGCUGAUGCUCCUAUUUCUGGUCAUAUGGUAGAAUAUGUACUUUCGGAAGAUCUUUUGUAUUAUGGUUAUGAUGAACUUGGUAAUACAUGUGGUACACCACGUUUUACUGCACUUAAACCAGUUAAACUUAAAUUCACUAUUCCUGAAAGUUGUAAUGCUAUGAUUGAAAAAAGUCUUACUCAAGCAACAAAAUUAUAUAAUGAUGUUGAUCUUCAUGUUUAUGUUCAAGAUGCUUAUGGCAAAGGUUUUAUGAAAAAAUGUAAACUUUCACCUGAUGCUUAUAUUCAAAUGGCACUUCAAUUAGCUCAUUAUCGCGAUUCAGGUCAUUUUAAUUUAACAUAUGAAGCAUCAAUGACACGUCUCUUUCGUGAUGGUCGUACAGAAACUGUGCGUUCAUGUUCAAUUGAAUCAAGUCUAUGGGUUAAAGCUAUGGAAGAUCCAGCAGUUACUAAAGCCGAACGAAUAAAAUUACUUCGUAUUGCUUGUGAUUAUCAUCAACAACAAUAUCGUGAUGCAAUGACUGGCAAAGGAAUUGAUCGACAUUUAUUUUGUUUAUAUGUAAUAUCAAAAUUUCUUGGUCUUGAUUCACCAUUUCUUCAACAAGUUCUUCAAGAACCUUGGAAAUUAUCUACUAGUCAGACGCCAACACUUUAUGAUGAUAAGCGUCUAGCAAAACUCGUUGCUGAAAAACCAGAAGUGGCAGAAAAGAUCGGAUGGUCUCAAUUCAAAGGUGUUGUAGGAGCCGGCGGCGGUUUUGGACCUGUAGCCGCUGAUGGUUAUGGUGUUAGUUAUAUAAUUACUUCGGAAGAUCUUAUCUUCUUUCAUAUUUCAUCUACUAAAUCAUCACCUGAAACAGACUCAAGACGAUUUGGUCAACGUAUUUAUCAAGCUAUGCAAGAUAUGCGCGAUUUAUUUGAUGGGCAAUCAACUAGUACUCAUACUAGCAAAAAAUGA